GCCUGAGUCACGUGGUAUGGGGAGAGGUGGGCGGGGACCUGGAGAUCGCUAGCGGCGACGGGGGGGCGCGAGGCGGCGGCGUCCGUGGCUUUGGGUCGCGUCCCACGGUCUUCGGGCCCACGCCGCCACUCCGGUACCCCACGCCGUGGUCUCUGCCCAUUUCCCAAACAGGACCGGGCUUCUCCGUGCUCGCGCGUCGGUUUGCGGGUUUGCGCAGGCGCGGCGGGGGAGUUUAGCUCGGUUGGGUGGGCGGCAGAGCCCAGGAGCGCGCGGGCGAAACCAUGGCGGGCAGCAGCACGGGGGGCGGUAAUGUUGGGGAGACGAAGGUGAUUUACCACCUGGACGAGGAAGAGACACCUUACCUGGUGAAGAUCCCAGUCCCAGCCGAGCGCAUCACCCUCGGCGAUUUCAAGAGCGUUCUGCAGCGGCCCGCGGGCGCUAAGUACUUUUUCAAGUCUAUGGAUCAGGAUUUCGGAGUGGUGAAGGAAGAAAUUUCAGAUGACAAUGCCCGCCUUCCCUGCUUCAAUGGAAGGGUGGUAUCCUGGCUGGUUUCAUCAGAUAACUCCCAGCCUGAGGUGGCUCCUCUAGCCCAUGAGCCUCGGACAGAAUUGGUGCCUCCACCCCCACCAUUACCUGCUUUACCACCAGAGAGGACCAGUGGCAUUGGGGACUCUAGGCCUCCAUCCUUCCACCCAAAUGUGUCCAGCAGCCAUGAAAAUCUGGAGCCUGAGACAGAAACUGAGUCGGUCGUGUCCCUGAGGCAGGAGCGGCCUCGAAGGAGAGACAGCAGUGAGCAUGGCGCUGGGGGCCAUAGGCCCAGUGGCCCCUCAAGGCUGGAGCGCCACCUGGCUGGGUAUGAGAGCUCCUCUACCCUCAUGACCAGUGAGCUGGAGAGUACCAGCCUGGGGGACUCAGACGAGGAUGACACCAUGAGCAGGUUCAGCAGCUCCACAGAGCAGAGCAGUGCCUCCCGUCUCCUCAAGCGCCACCGGCGACGGAGGAAACAGCGGCCACCUCGCAUGGAGAGGACCUCGUCCUUCAGCAGUGUCACAGAUUCCACAAUGUCUCUCAACAUCAUCACAGUCACCCUCAACAUGGAGAAAUACAACUUCUUGGGCAUCUCCAUUGUGGGCCAAAGCAACGAACGUGGUGACGGAGGCAUCUACAUUGGAUCUAUCAUGAAGGGGGGCGCUGUCGCAGCUGAUGGGCGUAUUGAGCCAGGAGACAUGCUUCUGCAGGUGAAUGACAUGAAUUUCGAGAAUAUGAGCAAUGAUGAUGCUGUGCGGGUGCUGAGGGAUAUUGUACACAAGCCGGGUCCCAUCGUGCUGACGGUAGCCAAGUGUUGGGAUCCCUCUCCUCAGGCCUACUUCACUCUACCCCGAAAUGAGCCCAUCCAGCCAAUUGAUCCUGCUGCCUGGGUGUCACACUCUGCUGCACUGACUGGAACCUUUCCAGCUUAUCCAGGUUCCUCAUCCAUGAGCACCAUUACAUCUGGAUCUUCUCUACCUGAUGGCUGUGAGAGCCGGGGUCUCUCCAUCCAUAUGGACAUGGCAUCUGUGACUAAGGCCAUGGCAGCACCAGAGUCUGGGCUGGAAGUCCGGGACCGCAUGUGGCUCAAGAUCACCAUUCCAAAUGCCUUUCUGGGCUCGGAUGUGGUCGACUGGCUUUACCAUCAUGUGGAAGGAUUUCCUGAGCGAAGGGAGGCCCGAAAGUAUGCCAGCGGGCUGCUGAAGGCAGGCCUCAUCCGACACACUGUGAACAAGAUCACCUUCUCUGAGCAGUGUUAUUAUGUCUUCGGGGAUCUCAGUGGCGGCUGUGAGAAUUACCUUGUCAACCUAUCUCUGAAUGACAAUGAUGGCUCCAGUGGGGCUUCAGACCAAGACACCUUAGCUCCUUUGCCUGGGGCGACCCCAUGGCCCCUGCUGCCCACCUUCUCUUACCAGUACCCUGCCCCACACCCCUACAGUCCUCAGCCCCCACCCUACCAUGAGCUUUCGUCAUACACCUAUGGUGGGGGCAGUGCCAGCAGCCAGCACAGUGAGGGGAGCCGGAGCAGUGGGUCAACAAGAAGUGAUGGGGGUGCCGGGCGCACGGGGAGGCCUGAGGAACGGGCCCCUGAGUCCAAGUCUGGCAGUGGCAGUGAGUCUGAGCCCUCCAGUCGGGGAGGCAGCCUUCGGCGGGGUGGGGAUCCCGGUGGGAGUGGUGAUGGGGGCCCUCCUCCAUCUAGGGGCUCAACAGGGGGUGCUCCUAAUCUCCGUGCUCACCCAGGGCUCCAUCCGUAUGGACCUCCCCCUGGCAUGGCUCUCCCCUACAACCCCAUGAUGGUAGUCAUGAUGCCCCCACCCCCACCCCCUGUCCCUCCAGCAGUGCAGCCCCCAGGAGCCCCUCCAGUGAGAGACCUGGGCUCUGUGCCCCCAGAACUGACAGCCAGUCGCCAAAGCUUCCAUAUGGCCAUGGGCAACCCCAGUGAAUUCUUUGUGGAUGUUAUGUAGAGCCUGGUGUGGGGCCAUGUUAGGUCUGCACCCUUGGCCUGCCCUGUAUCCGCUUGGUGCUCCUGUUCUGCAACUGGGUGUCUUGCCAGUCAUCUUCAUUGCUCCUUGCAGUGCCAGGGCUCGGCCCGGCAGUUGCUGCCUACCAUAAGAUAUUGCCACUGUGACUCACCAGCAGUGCCUGGUCCUCCUCCUUCCCUCAGGGGUGGAUAAGGAACCUUUGGUUACUUUUAGCUUUAUUAUUUUUAUAUAAGCCUUUUUUGGGGGGUAAAAUAGACUUUCUUACAUUUUGGGGCUAUUUUUUAAUAGACACUUCCUCUUUUAUAUGGAGAAUCCUUGUUUCCUAGGCCCCUUCUAGCCCCAGAAUGUGAUCACCUCCAGUUGCCUGGUCAGGUCUGUCCUUUGCAGUAUGGGGGAUGGUCAGUGGUACCCUGGGAGGAAGAAGAGGGCUGGGCACCCUAGACAGCAGUCCAAGGAAAUUGGGUGUCUGGUGUUUGAGGGCUGUGUAGCUGCCUUUGUUAUCUUAUUUAUUUUAGUCAUUUGUAUAAAACACCAAAUAAAGCAAUAGAGGCAAACUU